UUACUGUAGGUAUGUAGGACUGUUUAGUUAACUGCAGUUAUGUAGCUCUGUAUGGUAGUAUACUUAUUAUUAUGUUCUCCUCUCAGUGCCCGCAGGAGUAUGGAACUUGACGCUAGCUGACAGUGGCACAGAGGAUCUGCUGGUGACGUGGGUUUCUGCUCCCGGAGAUGUGGAUCAUUAUGAAGUUCAGCUGCUCUUUAAUGACAUGAAGGUGUUUCCACCGAUCACAUUAACCAGCAGCACCAACAGAUACCUGCUCUCUUCACUCACCCCUGGAAGACUCUACAAAAUUGUGGUGUCCACCUUUAGCGGACCAAACCUCAGUGUGCAGUUUGUCAAAGGCAGAACAGUUCCCAGUAAAGUGAAGAACAUUCAUAUCAGUAAUGCCGGUCAGAGCAGCAGUCUUAGAGUGAAUUGGACACCUGGGCAGGGCGAUGUGGACAGGUACGCUGUGUCACUGUCCCAGAUGGGUGGUCAGGCAGAGGAGAAAUCAGUCCCUAAACAUGUGAAUGAGAUCAUUUUCCAGGGUCUAUUGCCAGGACAACAGUACAUGAUAACCAUAGCAUCAAUCAGUGGAUCUCUGAUCAAUAACAGCACAGCAACAGGACGAACAGUACCCUCUUCCGUGACUGCUCUACUGGUGGAGAACCAGAACAGCACGUCUAGUCUGCUGGUGUCAUGGCAGCCGGGUCGAGGGGUGUAUGACAGCUAUCAACUGCAGCUGCUAGAUGACAGAGGAACUCUGGUGUCUAAUAGCUCUCAAACUGCAGAAGCCAGCCAGCAUAACUUCAGACAGCUCACUCCAGGAAGAAAAUAUCGCAUCAUGAUACAAACCAUCAGUGGAGGAAUCAGCAGCAAAGAUGUCAUUACUGAGGGCAGAACCAGUCCAGCGACUGUUAAUAACCUGUCCAUCAUAAGCAACUCAACCACAAGCUUGUCGUUCCACUGGGAUCUGCCAGACGGGGAGUUUGAUGGAUUUGAUGUUUUUCUGUAUGCUAGAGAUGAAAGCUUGCAUGAUCAGAAAACAGUAAUGGUGAACAAGCAGGACUGUUCUUUCCAGAACCUUCGACCUGGGAUGCUGUACAAGGUGGUUGUUCUGACCCGCAGUGGAGAUCAGACCAAUGACACAUCCAUCUGGGCCCGGACAGUUCCUGCAGCUGUGACGUUCUUGCAUGCUGACAGUAGAACAGGCUCUGAGAGUCUGUGGUUGAGCUGGAAACAGGCCGGGGGUGAAGUGAGCCGCUACACCCUCCUGAUCUACAAUCCUGAUGGGACUCAACAUGCGGAGCAGAGUUUGGGCCCGGAGAGCAGAAGUUACAUGUUUGAAAGGCUGGUGCCUGGACGACUUUACCAGGCCGUCGUCCUUACACACAGUGGAGAUCUAACAAACAUGGCAAAUACUACUGGCAGGACAGACCCUAGGCCACCAGUCUCAUUCUCAUUUGGAGAAAUUACUAACACUUCACUGGAGAUCACCUGGAGCAGUCCAGAAAACACUGAUUAUGAUGACUUUGACCUUCAGUGGAGCCCAAGGGACCACCUGUCUGUGUUUAACCCCUACCACAGCCCCACAUCUGGAAACCGUAUUCUGAAAGGCAUGUACCCUGGCCGUCAGUACAACAUCAGCCUGCGUACGGUCAGCGGUGCUGGAACCAACAACCCUACCUACAGCUCUCCGGUCCACAGGAGCAUCAGGACAAAGCCUGAGCGUGUCCAGAGUCUGCACUGCCGUCCUCAGAACUCUACAGCCAUUUCCUGUUCCUGGAGUCCCCCCGAAGCUGACUUUGACUCUUACACCAUAGAGUGCUUGAGAAAGGACUCUCUGAGAAUGAUGUACUCCCAGCGCACAGUCAAAGAGAACACCAUCUAUCUGAUCAAAGAUCUGGAGCCUCAUAAGCAGUACAUUGUCUCUGUCAAAGUCAUCUCUGACAGUAUGACCAGUGAGGCAGUCAUGGAAAAUGUGGUCACAAUGAUAGACCGUCCACCUCUGCCCUCAAUUCGCAUCGAUGAGAAUACAGUUCAGGUUAAUAAGUCAACCAUAUCCUUCAAGUUCAACUGCAGCUGGUUCAGUGAUAUCAAUGGUGCCGUGAAAUACUUCACCAUCAUCAUAACUGAAUCUUCUGACAGUGAAAACCAGCAUCCAUACCAGCAUCAUCCUCUUCCCUCAUACCUGGACUACAGAUCCAACAGCUCCGUCAAAGCUUAUCAGACCAGUUACUUCCUCAGUCACUGUGAAGAGAGCCAAAACACAGUGCAGGAGUUUGAGAUUCAUCUGGGAUCAGGCAUGGAGAGACUUGGAGGAAGAUGUGAUCAGAAAACAUCAACUGAUGCCUUGCAACAGCAGGCGAUCUACUGUGAUGGGCAACUGAAACCCAAGACAGCAUACAGACUCAGUGUUCGAGCGUUUACAAAACUUUUUGGUGAGAAAGAUGAGGAGUUUAUCUCUCCGCUCUAUACUGAUACAUACCUGUCCAAGCCCAUCACGACAGACGCAGAGCCAUUGAGUGGGGUCAUCGAAGGGGUCAGUGCUGGACUCUUCCUCAUCGCCACCAUGGUGGGACUAAUUGUUCUGCUGAUCUGCAGACGGAAAGUCCACAAAAUGAGUGCACAAGAGCCUGUGGUCAGAAUGAGUUUGAGAAGAGAAAGACAACCCCCAGGAACUCAUGUCAUUGUUAGAGGGAACCGUCGUGUCUCAAGUCCCAUCAGCUUCACAAAUUUUGAGUCACAUUUAGCUAAACUUCGAGCAGAUUCCAGCUACCUCCUUUCUGAUGAAUAUGAGGACCUGAAGGAUGUUGGUCGUAACCAACCUCAAGACGCAGCGUUAUUGCCUGAAAACAGAGGCAAAAAUCGCUACAACAAUAUACUGCCUUAUGAUUCUACAAGGGUGAAGCUGUCCUAUGUUGAUGAUGACUCCUGCUCAGAUUAUAUUAAUGCCAGCUAUAUUCCUGGCAAUAACUUCAGACGGGAGUAUAUAGCAACUCAGGGUCCUUUGCCCGGCACUAAAGAUGAUUUCUGGAAGAUGGUCUGGGAGCAGAAUGUGCACAACAUAGUUAUGGUGACACAAUGUGUUGAGAAAGGAAGGGUGAAGUGUGACCAUUACUGGCCAUUUGAUCUGGAGCCCCUGUAUUAUGGGGAUCUGGUCGUUCAGAUGCAGUCAGAGUCUGUGCUGCCCGAAUGGACCAUCCGAGAAUUCAAGAUCUGUAAUGAGGAACAGCCUAACUAUUCCCGAGUCGUACGUCAGUUUCAUUACACUGUGUGGCCGGAUCAUGGAGUUCCAGAGAUCACGCAGUCACUCAUUCAGUUCGUGCGGACUGUGAGAGACUAUAUCAACCGGACGCCCUUCUCUGGAGCCACUGUAGUGCACUGCAGGUGGACAGUCAUUUUUACAGCACUACCUUGAUCAUAAUGAUGUGUAGUCU